AUGAAGCAGCUGAGCAAGGAGGAGGUGAUCAAGCUGUUCGAGGACCACGAGCGGCGUUGGGCGCGGCUCGCGAGCAUGGACGUUCUCAGCUGGCAUUCCUUCCCUUGGCCAAUGUUGAAGCCACCAUCGGACCCGGAACAGUUGACGUUCCCCGAGGUCCAGGCGUACAUCCUCUCGCCACACCAGCUGGGCGACAAGGCACCUAAGGAGCGAAUCAAGGACUACUUGCGCAAGUGGCACCCUGAUCGCUUCGAGACGAAGUUGCUGCCGAAGGUCCGAGAGGAGGAGCGCGAGUCGGUGAAGGAAGGCGCAGGAGCAGUCGCGCGCCACCUGAACAAGCUGCUCAGCAAUCUCUCGGGGAGCGCUGAGAACGGCCUGUUUGGUUAA